AUGCGAUCUAGGCCUCCCGGUGACAGGGCCCGACUGGUCGCGCCCGUGACGUCAACUCGGGCGACAGCGAGCAAGAUGGCGCUGCUGCGGGACGGGCGCUGCCUCCUGCGCUUGCUCCGCGCCGGGCUCCGGGAUGCAGCCGGGCGGCAGUUGGGAUCCUUGCCCGCUCGCCCCUGCUGCGCACUGGGCAGAGCUGUAGCAGGCGUCCCGGAGGCGCUGCACCCAUCCACUCUGGGCUGGGCCGCAGGGCUGCGCCGCUCCAGCACGCGGGCGGCGGAGAGCGGCGAAAAGCUGGAGGAGUCGGCGGUGCCGCCGCCGCAUACGCUGGUCAAUGACACGGAGAGCGUCCAAGGCGCCGCCACCAGUUACGAGUUCCAGGCCGAGACCAAGAAGUUACUGGACAUCGUGGCCCGCUCCCUCUACUCGGAGAAGGAGGUGUUUAUUCGGGAGCUGAUAUCCAAUGGCAGUGAUGCGCUGGAGAAGAUGCGCUACAAGCUGAUUUCUGAAGGGAAGGUGCUGCCAGAACUAGAGAUCCAUGUCCAGACAGAUCCCAAGAAGGGAACGAUCAUUAUCCAGGAUACUGGCAUUGGCAUGACCCGAGAGGAGCUAAUCUCUAAUCUUGGUACCAUCGCUAGGUCGGGCUCCAAGGCAUUCCUGGAAGCGCUUCAGAACAAGGAGGAGGCCACAAGUAAGAUCAUUGGUCAGUUCGGGGUAGGCUUCUACUCUUCCUUCAUGGUGGCUGACAAGGUGGAGGUGUUCUCGCAAGUAGCAGAGACGGGUGCUCCUGGCUACUAUUGGUGUUCUGAUGGGUCAGGAAUGUUUGAAGUUUCAGAAGCCUCUGGAGUCCGAACUGGGACCAAAGUUAUUCUUCAUCUCAAGGAGGACUGCAAGGAGUUUGCUACUGAGGAGAGAGUCAAAGCGGUCAUCACAAAAUACAGCAACUUCAUCAGCUUUCCUCUCUACCUCAAUGGGAAACGCACCAACACCUUGCAGGCGCUCUGGAUGAUGGACCCCAAGGAGGUUGGGGAAGAGCAGCACAGGGAAUUCUACCGCUUCAUAGCCCAGACCUACGAUGAGCCUCGCUACAUUCUCCAUUACAAGACUGAUGCGCCUCUCAAUAUCUGCAGCAUCUUCUAUGUGCCAGAGACGAAGCCCUCCAUGCUUGACAUCAGCCGUGAGCUGGAUUCCAGCGUUGCCCUGUACAGCCGCAAGGUCCUGAUCCUGACCAAGGCCACAGACAUCUUGCCCAAAUGGCUGCGCUUUCUCAAAGGGGUUGUGGACAGUGAGGACAUCCCGCUGAACCUCAGCCGGGAGUUGCUUCAGGAAAGCACCCUCCUCAGGAAGCUCAGGGACGUCUUGCAGAAGAGGCUAAUCAAGUUCCUCAUUAACCAGAGCAAGAAGGACACCCCAAAAUAUGCCAAGUUCUUUGAGGAUUACGGGCUCUUCAUACGUGAGGGAAUUGUCACAACAGCUGAACAGGAGGUCAAGGAGGACAUUGCAAAGCUGCUGCGCUACGAGUCUUCAGCACUGCCUGUGGGCCAGCUGACCAGCCUCACAGAAUAUGCAAGCCGCAUGCCAGCUGGCAGCAGGAACAUCUAUUACUUGUGUGCUCCCAAUCGUCAUCUGGCUGAACUCUCUCCAUACUUUGAGGCCAUGAAAAAGAAAUCUGCAGAGGUGUUGUUCUGCUAUGAGCAGUUUGAUGAACUGACUCUCCUCCACCUCCGGGAGUUUGACAAGAAGAAACUGCUAUCAGUAGAAACAGAUAUUGUUGUGGACCACUAUAAGGAAGAGAAGUUUGAAGAGAGCAACUUAGAGGAGCACCUGAGCUCACAAGAUGCAGAAGAUCUUAUGGCUUGGAUGAGGAAUGCUCUUGGGUCACGAGUUGCCACUAUUAAGGUGACACCGCGACUAGAUACACACCCAGCCAUGAUCACCGUGCUGGAGAUGGGUGCUGCCCGCCACUUCCUACGCAUGCAGCAGUUGGCCAAAACCACUGAAGAGCGUGCCCAGAUCCUGCAGCCUACACUGGAGAUAAAUACAGGGCAUCCUCUGAUCAAGAAACUCAGCCAGCUGCGGACCAGCCACCCUGAUCUGGCCCAGAUGUUGCUUGAUCAGAUCUACGACAAUGCAAUGAUAGCUGCCGGUUUAAAUGAUGACCCCAGGCCCAUUGUGAACCGACUGAAUUGCCUCCUUGCCAAAGCCCUGGAGAAGUACUGAGAAACAUUUUCUAUGCAGCAACUGUCAAGAGGAUUCUCCACUUUCAGUGAUGCUGGGAAAUCCAGUUUGGACCUGGUGAAAAGCUUCUGCUUAUGGGCUGGCCUUGAUCCUCCAGUCUUUUCUCAGACAUGACCUGGUGCCCCUGUCACUCCCACCCUGCUGAAAAUGACAACUCCCAGAAAAGCAAGUGAACAGGCCAUGUGGAACUGUGUUGCACAACACGUUUCCCCUCCC